AACUGCAGCGUUUCUAAUUCCCCAUCUUGGACUCAGAGUAGACUGCAAGACUUUCCAGAUGAAUUCAGCAAGGUCUGCUGAAUUGUGAAAACUAGUCUGAGGAGUCUUUAUUGUGGACUCAGAAGAACUUGGCAGCUUGGGUGCCCAAGUGAAGUAGCGUGUGCCAGCUGGAUGGAGACUGGAGGAGCGUAUUUGCCUAAGAUACAUCCCAUGAAGAAGCAUCGCCAGUUGGAACAUGGGCAAGGGACAGCACUGUUAGUUGUCUCUAGGUACCUGGUCCGGAUAUCACUGCUGUUGCUGCUUCUAACUUUGCCUCCCUGUGUACUUCCUGUACCUACUCCAGCAGAUGAGAGUGGAGAGAUAGUGGAGUGGCUGACGCAGUAUGGAUACCUCCCUCCAGCUGAUCCAGUAACAGGUCAGCUGCAGACCUGGGAGGCUGUGACCAGCGCUAUCCGUGUAAUGCAACGUUUUGCAGGCAUCACUGAGACCGGGAUUCCAGAUGACGCCACGUUGACGCUGAUCCGAAUGCCUCGCUGUUCGUUGCCUGAUGUUAUCACCACCUUCCCAGAAAAGCUCCCUCUGAGGAGAAACAGGUGGAGGAGAAGGCGAAAGAGAAGAAAGAGUCGGGGCAGGCGGAAUGCAGGUUCAGUUUGGACCAAGAGGAAUAUCUCCUGGAAGGUGAAGACAUACCCACGAGAGGCCCGCCUUAGCCGGGAGACUAUGCGUGUAUUGAUGUAUUAUGCCUUGAAAGUGUGGAGCGAAGCCACGCCUUUGAACUUCCAUGAAGUGGGCAGCCACGGCGCAGACAUCUCUGUGGAAUUCCUCCAACUUGACCAUCGUGACGGCUACCCUUUCGAUGGGCCAGGUGGGAUGGUGGCCCAUGCCUUCUUUCCUGGAGACCCCCAAAGGGCUGGUGGUGUCCACUUUGACAGUGAUGAAGACUGGACCUUUCGCUCACCAGACGACUUUGGAACCGACCUCUUUGCUGUGGCUGUUCAUGAGUUUGGGCACAGCCUCGGCUUAGCGCAUUCGUCCUCCAAGCACUCCAUCAUGCGGCCGUAUUACCAGGGACCAGUGGGAGACCCAUUGCAGUACCAGCUUUACACGGACGAUCGGUCUGAGAUACAGAAGCUUUACGGGAGUAGAGUUCUUCAUUCCACAGAGAAACCAGAGGUAACCUCACUGCUCCCAGAUCUGCUGUCCAUGCCGCGUGAUUUCCCUGCUCUAAGGUCAGGGAAGGAAUUCCCCGAUCGUUGUGCCUCCAACGUUGAUGCCGUUGCUCAGAUCAGAGGGGAAACGUUCUUUUUCAAAGGUCAGUAUUUCUGGCGUCUGACCCAAGGACAGCAUCUCACCUCUUUGCGCCCUGCCUUGAUCACGGGCUUCUGGCGAGGCCUUCCUUCCAGCCUCCACAAAGUAGAUGCUGUGUACGAGAGGCACACGGAUCAUCGCAUCCUCUUCUUCAGUGGCUCUCUCUACUGGGUAUUUAAGGACAACGGUGUGGAAGAGGGUUACCCUCGCCCUGUCACAGACUUCGGGCUGCCUCAGGGGGGUAUUGAUGGUGCUUUCUCGUGGCCUCUAGACAGGAAGACUUAUUUCUUCAAGGGCGAACUCCACUGGUGCUAUGAUGAAGCCACAGGCCACAUGGAGGAGGGCCUCCCCGCCCACAAAACACCCUGGGGGCAGUUCCCCGCUUCGGUAGAUGCUGUGCUGAGCGAGAAUGACGGAACGGUGUUUGCCUUUAAGGGCGGGGAGUACUGGAAGUAUGACCAGCACAGUCUCAAGCUGCAGGCAGGCUACCCUCGUUCCAUAGCCGAGGACUGGCUGGAUUGCACAGGGGAACUGUACCCUCCCAGGAGUGUGCCCACCAGCCCCGCAUCUGGAGCCGAACUCCGGCCAGACUGGCGAGGCCCGCAGCUGGAGGUUGAGCGCUGUGUGUGCUUUUGUUCGGCCUUUCGAGCACUGUGUUCUGCUCGGCUCAGUUGUCUGCUGGUAGCUCUCCUGGCGCUGCAAGGUUUUGCCUAG